GUCAGUUUUGUACUGCUACCACUUUAAUCAUAAACUGUGUUUGAAAAACUUUUCGCACUAACCACUAUAACAAAUUUCUUUAGAUAACGUAUCGCCAUCAUUUAUUUUGACUACUAAUUAUUCAGUUUAAUGGAGAAACCAACUGUGACCGAGCAACCCCCGCCGUAUUCUGCGGCAGUCCCUCCAGGGCUUCAACCGCAUACAUACCCACAGGCAUCUAAUCCGCCAGGUGCACCUUUUCCUCCACCACCUCCGGGGUAUAGUCCAUAUGGUGCUCCUCCUCCACAAACAGGCUUUGUACCAAGCUACGGAGCCACAAACAUUAUAAUACCACCAGCUAUAAUCACAGUCGGAGCUUGCCCCGCAUGUCGAGUUGGCAUUUUAGAAGACGAUUUCACGUGCCUCGGUAUUUUAUGUGCCAUCCUUUUCUUUCCGUUAGGAAUACUGUGCUGCCUUGCCUUAAAAAACAGAAGAUGUUCAAACUGUGGAGCGAUGUUUGGUUGAGUUCUCAUUAUAAAUCUUUAUUUAAACUGGUUAAUACAAUGUACUAAAAGAAAAACAAAAAGUAAGCAGUUUAAAU